AGGCGCCGCGGCCACCGAGGCCUGGGGUCCCCACCCCACAUCUGCCCACGCUGACCUCCUGAGCUGCCAGAGCUGCGUCCAUGCCUUAGCUGUGCCCUGGUGCUCUGUCUCGGCAACCCAGUGUGCACCCCGAAUGGAGGGCUGGGUUGGAGCCCAGUGUCCCCCACCCGCAGCCGCGGGCAGUCGCUCUGCUGGCCAGGUUGGCGGUGGCCCGCUCCCCCUGCUGCUGCCGCUCGGGGACCCCGGGGGCGUCCACGUGCUCAGGCUGCGGGAUGCCGCUGGCCCCCCUCUGUGCUGGGAGGAGUCUGACCCUUCCCUGCGAGCCCUGGAGUCGCGCCAGGACGAUAUCUUACAGCGUUUGUACGAGCUGAAAGCCGCGGUCGACGGCCUCUCCAAGCUCAUCCAGACACCGGACGCGGACCUGGACGUGACCAACAUCAUCCAGGCCGACGAGCCCACGGCUCUGACGGCCACCGCGCUGGACCUGAACUCGGUGCUGGGAAAGGACUACGGGGCACUGAAAGACAUCGUGAUCAACGCAAACCCGGCCUCGCCACCCCUCUCCCUGCUGGUGCUGCACAGGCUGCUCUGUGACCACUACAAGGUCCUGUCCACCGUCCACACGCAUUCUUCAGUCAGAAACGUGCCUGAAAACCUUCUCAAGUGCUUUGGAGAACAGACCAGAAAGCAGCCCCGCCACGAACACCAGCUGGGCUUCACUUUGAUCUGGAAGAAUGUGCCGAAGACUCAGAUGAAGUUCAGCGUGCAGACGAUGUGCCCCAUCGAAGGAGAAGGGAACAUCGCACGCUUCCUGUUCUCCCUGUUUGGCCAGAAGCACGAUGCUGUCAACCUAACCCUCAUAGACAGCUGGGUGGACAUCGCCACUUUCCAGCUCAAAGAGGGAAGCAGUAAGGAGAAGGCGGCUGUGUUCCGGGCCAUGAACUCUGCUCUGGGGAAGAGCCCGUGGCUCGUGGGGAGCGAACUCAGCGUGGCGGACGUGGUGCUGUGGGCCGUGCUCCGGCAGAGUGGAGGCUGCAGCGCGGCGCCGGCCAACGUGCAGAGGUGGAUGAGCUCCUGUGACAACCUGGCCCCUUUCAGCACGGCCCUCAAGCUCCUGAAGUGAACCUCCCUGACCAGUUUCAACGAUGGUUUACAUUCUGAGAAUGGUGGUGUUUCACGCCUGUUAUCAAUAAAGGGACUUGAUUGAACUAGAA